AUGGUAGGACUGGCCGUCGGUGCUGCUUUCGCUGGUCUUCGUCCAAUUUGCGAGUUCAUGACAUUUAACUUUUCUAUGCAAGCUAUUGAUCAGAUCAUUAACUCGGCUGCUAAAACCUACUACAUGUCAGCUGGGCGGGUUCCAUGUCCUAUAGUAUUCCGUGGUUGUAACGGUGCAGCUGCCGGUGUUGCUGCUCAACAUUCCCAGGAUUUUUCGGCUUGGUUCGCUCAUUGUCCAGGAUUGAAG